AUGGACCGAAGUGCCACCAGCGGAAACAAUGGCUCUGGCCGUGCCACUAAUGGCACACAUUCUGAUUUACCGGACCUGGCUACAUACCAAGCCCAAUGGGCCAAAAUCCAUGAUGAUACUGUGCGCCAAAUCAACGAAGCUUUAGGGCAGAUGCAGACCAGAUUGUUGGCAAAUGACUGGACAGUUUGGCCUGCGAGCUCAGCUGCGUCGCGUUCGGCGCGUGGACUAUUCCCGGUUUGGGCUGCUAGCUGGGGUUUCGGGGAGAGGUGGAUUUUGGCGACUGUCGCGGUUAAGUUUGUCGGGGAUAGCUCGCAGCUCUUCAGGUUUUCGUUCAUGUGCGGUAAUGGCACAUGCUUGAUUACUGGGUCAGAGAAGGCUAUUGCUCUCGUGGCUCAGGUCGAGGAAGAGGGACAAUGUACAGCUGUUUAUGCGCUCGAAGAACCAAGGGAUGUGCUUCCAAUCCUGUCAGAGCUGAAUCUGAUACUUGGCUAUGCUCGUUGUCGUCGUUGGGGCUAG